CGCACACUAGGACAAGCGUGCGUGCGUGAGCGAGACGUGUGCGAGCGAGCGAGACAGCGGCGCCAAUUACUAUCACCUGGCGGGCUGCUACCGCAUUACCCACUGCCGCCGCGCGCGCUACACGCGCCCGCUGCAUCUCGCGGCUCGCUCCUCUUGUCUCGGACUACCCGAGUCUGCACUUCAAUCGAUACCACCGGCUACCGUCGCGAGUGCACCCCGACCUACCCUGGCAAGACCCAGGCGAAGCCGAGCGCAAGGACUAGUGACAACAUGCAACUGUGAAGUGUGUGCGGACUGUGACAAAGACCUUAUCCACGUGAUUAUUUACAAGUUUUCCACCAAGUUCCACUGUGGAAAAUGACGUCCCAAUUCGCCUUCAGAGGAUCUCCGCCGAACCAGAGCACCAUAUCGACAGCCUCAAACAGUCCGCCGCCGGCGCAAGCGGGAAUGAGCAGCGGAGGGGGUGCAAGCGGUGCGGGGCGCGCGAGUUCCCCAGCGGCGGGCGCAGCUCGAUGCUGCGACACGGGCCGGCCGAUCUUUCAGGACCCCAUCACCGGGCAGACCGUGUGCUCGUGCCAGUACGAGUUUCUCAACUACCAGCGGCUGGCGUCUGGCGUGCCGCUGUCCAUGUAUAGCGCGCCAUACUCCGACGCCGCUGCCACCGCCGCCGGCAUGGCCGCCUACUUUCCAGCCCUUGCCGCUGACCAACCCCCGUUUUACACAAAUGCUGCUGCAGGCAUCGAACUGAAGGAGAACCUGGCGGCGAGCGCAGCCAGCUGGCCGUAUCCCACUGUUUAUCACCCCUACGACGCGGCCUUCGCAGGAUACCCUUUUAACGGAUAUGGAAUGGACCUAAACGGAGCUAGGAGAAAAAAUGCCACGCGGGAAACCACCAGCACUCUCAAAGCGUGGCUCAACGAACACAAAAAGAACCCUUACCCCACAAAAGGAGAGAAAAUUAUGCUCGCCAUAAUCACCAAGAUGACGCUAACGCAGGUAUCUACGUGGUUCGCGAACGCGCGACGACGACUCAAGAAGGAGAACAAGAUGACUUGGGAACCGAGAAACAGGGUUGAUGAUGAUGACAAUAAUAAUGACGACGACGACCACAAAAGUAAUGAUGGAAAAGAUGCUUUAGAUGGGAAAGACUCCGGUACAGGAUCGAGCGAAGACGGUGACCGGCCACAACAAAGGUUAGACUUGCUCGGACAGAGAACGGAAUCGGAAUGGUCAGAAUCACGCGCUGACAGUGGUCCCGAGUCACCAGAGCCAUAUGAGCGGCCAAUACACCCAGCGUACCAGCAUUUACCAUCUCGUGCUCCACCAGGUAGCACUCCAGCUUCAGCUAAACCGAGAAUAUGGUCCCUUGCGGAUAUGGCAAGCAAAGAAGGAGAACCGCCGGCGCCGCCUACUUCUGCUUCAGCUUUCUACCAGUCGGCAGCGGCGGCGGCAGCACGGCUCGCCCAUCCCUACGGCCGGCCAGAGUUGUACCGGGGCUUGUACCCGCCAACACAUCCCGCUGAUGUGGCCCUCUUGGAAUACUCCCGAUCACUAGCGCUGGCCGCGCCUGCGCCAGCGCCGCCGGCUCCGUCGCCGUCCUCGUCGUCCACAUCCUCGUUGGCGGAGCCGCCUCCCUCCCGCGCCUGACCCCCUGCCCCUCGUCCGCCACUGGCGCAUCGACAAUAACCGCGAUCUCGCCCCACGAGUGCCACGAGGGCCUUCUCACCUGUAAAUAGCUAUAGACUAAAUAUAAAUAUGUAUACAUACGUAUAUAUACGUGAUAAUAAUUAUGCACCGGUAGAGAAGCUUAGAUUUGUGAUAGUGGACACAGGCGACGCCGCGCCGUGAGGUUGACAACUCGCAAACGACGUCGGAGCGAAGUCGCGCCGACUGACCGACAAUACUAGGUGCUAUACAAGUUGGACCUUGCGACAUGUUGCUGUAAUUAUUACGGAGGUGGUUUAACGAAGUGAUUUUUAAAUCAAAAAUAGGUAUUAAUAUGUGUUACGUUUCUAAUAGAUAACAAACACUGUUCUAGACUAUUAUUUGUAUGUAGAGUGUAAAUUAUUAUUUUGAAAAUAUUCUCUUUAUAUUUAGUGCCUAAUUACGUCCAGUGUUUUCUAUUGUUUGAUAGUUUCUUGAAUAUCUAACAUUCGAAUUUUAAUAUUUAUUGAUAUGAGGUCAGUAGUUAUAUCAAACUUUUAUUGUAAGUUAAAAUCUACUAAUUAUUCAAUAGACACUGUUGAGGAUUUUGAAAAAUCUGUAUAAAAUAAUUUCUAGUCAGCAGACUAUGAUUGUCUAUGUUAAACAUUAAUAACUUACAAUCAAUAUGUUCUUUCAUAUAAGAAUGAUGUACAUUUUAGUUAAUAAUAGAAUGGCAGGGUUGUUGCAAACGAAUUUUGUUUUAUACAUAUUUGUUCAGGAAACUAGUAAAACAGAGAAAGUGCUAUCAAAUUUGCAAAUGUGUUGAAGGUUCAAUUCUUAGCAUGUUUCUUUAAAAGUAAUAAAACUAUAUAUAUACAUAUAAUAAGUAAAAAAAAAACAAGAUAAUAAACCCCACUUUAAAUAGGUUAUUUUAUCCCAGCAAAAUACAUAUUUGUGGGACCAAAUGGUAAAAAUUAUAUGAAACACUAGUUGUAUUUACUUGAUAAUUUUCUAUCCAUGACAUUUUGUUAAGUUAUAAUUUUAAGUUAAAUAAAGACUGGUUAUUAGGUUUUAUUUACGGCACUAUUCUGUCACUAAAAGUAAAAACUCACAUUGCAACGAACAAUGGUUCGUUACAAUUAUCCUUAAUUUUUUUGUAACCAAAAUAAAUUAAAACUUUUGGUACCUAUGUACAGAUAUUUAAGUGGAUAAAUUCUUGUUAAAUAUUUAAGCGACAACCCUGCCGCGUAAAAUAGUAUUCUGUUUGAAAUGUUUGCCUAAGACUAUCCCUUCGUAGUUACGAAAUUACUAAGUCUCAAAUGGCCUUGUAUAUUGUAAAAGUAAAAUUAAUGUAAAGUAAUAAUAUUCUCAUUUUGUUUCCGAACCAGUAAAAUGUUUUCGUUUCAAUAUUGUAGAGACUGAAAGUCCAAAAUUGAGUCUAUAGUUUUGUACAUACGUCACUGUUGUAAGUAUAUAUUGUAAUAAUAAUGUCAAUAUUUAAGAGAGGUAAAUGCAAUAAAUUUUCUGUAUUAGCAGUCCUUUUGAUGUAAAUAAAAGUUCUGGCGAGACGGGAAACCUUCGGCAUAUACAACGAAAUAUUCUUCAAAGACGAAUGAGAUAUAGUUAGUGUUUUUUAUGUUCUGGCGGAGGAUUCAAAAUGUUUAUAUGUUAGUGAUGUAAUAGCAGAGAUUAUAUUUUGUGCUAUUCGCAGGUUAAGUCAUUGGUUAAUUUUCAAAUUAACUAUUGUCAUUCAUACUUUUAUCAUUGUAACAAUACUUCAUGUCAUGGACGAUAAAUUUAUCGUUUAUGUUUCAACAAUUUAGUUUAUUUAAAUAGAAACAUAUUUAUUUUGUUUUUAUAGAUUCAAACGUCUUAACCGUUCCCCAAGAAGGUGUGUGAAUAGAUGCAAUAAAAAUUAAUACAGAAAUAAUAUUUAUCUAUUUUAUUUAA